AUAUGAUAAUGAGAGACAGGGUAAUCUAUGUUGUCUGAAUGGUGAGGGUGGCAUGAAGUGAAGAGCAGGAUGAGUGAUAAUGAAGAUGGUGGGAAGUGGGUCCUCCAACAGCAUUAGUGUGUGUGAGUGGAGGAAGUUGUGCACUAGAGAUAUAUGGAAGCUGCAUUGUCAAGCAAAGCAAACACCAAAAGAAAAGUGGCAUCCAAACAAACAUGUACAUCAUAUAACUCUUCUCUGUUCAUUUCCAUGCUUCAUCCUUCAUCCUUCAUUUUUCACCUACUACCACAAUUUCUUUAAACCCCACUUCCAUUCAAUAAACCAACCAACUCCAUCCCUUUCUCUUUAUCCUUGCUUCUUCCUUAAUUCUAGCUCAGCUGCUGUUUAAUCCUUUACAAACUUCAUCUUUUUGCCUGCUUUCUUCCACUGAUUUCUAACUUUCUCUAUAACCCACUUUUUGUUUUGUUUUGUUUUGUUUUGCUUUCAUUUGGUCUUUUAUGUAUCUUCAAGGUGAUCAUUGAUGAUCCAAAUAUCUACACCUACUCUUUUUCUCUGGUGUUUCCUGAUUUUGGAAACCUUUUGACUUGUUGCAAAGCAAAAUUCCACGGCAUAACAAGGGUUGGAAUGGAUUCAUUCAAUCAGAAUUGUCAGAACAGCAGCUUCAGGUACAGUCCAAAUUUGAACACAGGGACACAUGCUGAUGAAGAAGCUGAAUUCUCAGGGAUUCUUGAUAUCUUUGUCCAUCAUGCCAGGAAUAUUCAUAACAUAUGCAUCUAUGACAACCAGGAUGUGUAUGCCAAGUUCUCUCUAACUUACAACCCUGAUGAGACCCUCUCUACCAGAAUCAUCAAUGGAGGUGGCAAAAACCCAACAUUCAAUGAAAACAUGAGGAUGAAGAUUAGACAAAUAGACGCUGUUCUGAAAUGUGAAAUUUGGAUGUUUAGCAGGGCAAGGAUUCACAUGGAAGACCAGCUAUUGGGAUUUGCUUUGGUCCCAAUUUCACAAGUCAUUGGCAAAGGAAAGGUAACCGAAGAUUACAGCCUUUCUUCCACUGAUCUUUUCCACUCUCCUGCUGGAACCGUUCAACUCACACUGGCUUUAGACCCCUCUUUGGCACUCGAUUCCUCAGUGAAUUUGAUACCUGAAUCGGCAAAGACUUCAUCCAUAUCAUCAGAAGUCAUCUUGCUUGAUAGAAAGAUCUCAGAAGUUAUGUUGGACCCAGUUGAGUAUGCAAGAAUUGAAUUUCCUGACAUCAGUGUUGUGAAGGAGAACCAGCAAAUGGUGUCCGAGUACUUCAAUCUUGCAGCUCAUGGUACUUGUUCUGCUCCUUCAAGGUCCAACAUUGGAAGAUCUCUACCAUUUCUCCACCUUGGUGCAUGUCCUCAACUUGAUGAUUACGAGAUGACUAUGAGUCCCCCAGAUGAGAAUCAUGUAGGCUCCCUUUCUCCAAACGAGAGCAUUCAGAAUUCAUGCUUCCUAGGCUCCACUAUCACAACCUUGAGUGAUGAUAGAAACUCAGCAGAUUCAGUUGAGAAAAAGAACCCCUUGAGCACUGGUGACUCCUCCAAUUCUGUCACUGUGUCAAUCACUGUGGAAGGUAGUCAAAACUCUGGUGGUGCUUGUCCAGAUACCCCAACUUCUAAGAAAGAAGGUGAGACCCCAAAUGAAAAAGAUGCAACCUUCUCAAGCAACGAAAAGGAAAGCAAAAUCACCAAUAAGAACACAACAGAAGCUUCAACGUUUGGUCAAGUUUUUUCGGCUCCAUUAGGGAACAUCAAUCUUGAGGCCGAGCAAGCUGCUAUGCAAAAACAGAUAGUGGACAUGUAUAUGAGGAGCAUGCAGCAGUUCACUGAGUCCUUGGCAAAAAUGAAGCUCCCCAUGGACCUUGACAAGCCUGAAAAAGUUGAUCAUGGCGAUGGUGAUGUGAUUCAGAAUCAUGAAAACAGCAAAUUAGAAACUGAUAACAAGAAAAAGGAUGGAUCUCGUGUGUUUUAUGGUAGUCGAGCAUUCUUCUAAUCAUCUCUUAUUGUUGAAAAUAGCAAGAAUGAGAUUGUGAGAAAUUACUUAUCGUAACAUCAGGUACCUACCUCAAUUUGCUCAGUGAUAUUUAUUAAAGAUUUUAGUUAGUCCUGGUUUGUUUGACCCUCACUUUAGAUGAUCACAAUAGUCUUCUGUUUUAAAUUUCUUGUUGAUUGUUUAACUCAUGGCUCUGUAAGCCCCAAAACACCAUGAGUAUGCAUAAGUUUUCGUGAUCAAAACAAAACUUUUGUCAAUUUGCUACGCCAUUAAAAUCAGAGUGCACUUUUCUACGUUUA